AUGCUUAACAUAUCUUUUACGUGGCUAUGUAUCGCCCUUUUAGCUGCAAUCGUUGGCACUCUCCAUCAGAAACAGGGCCUGCUAACUGCAGGAUGUUUUAUCAGCACCUGCAACGGUGGCAAUGCACGCUCAUCACCGUACUAUCCUAGCUGGAACACAUGGUUCCAUGCUUUUCAAUCCAUUCCUGAUGUGAAGCGAACAAUACCUCUUGACGAUGACUGGGAUCUUCUCUACCACUUGGGUGGAAACGGCCCCUGGAUCGAGAAGAGGGACGGGGAGACAGCAGCUCAGGGCAUUGGUCCCCCUGAAGGGUGCUCCAUUGGACAAGUACACAUGAUGUCCCGCCACGGAGAGAGAUAUCCGACCAAAUCUGCUGGGAGUCAUCAUCUCGCGCUUCUUAAUCGCAUUAAAGAAGCAGACGUCAUUGUCAAUGGCUCAUUGUCUUUUCUGAACAAUUGGACCUAUCUCACCAGUGACCCUGAGAAAGAUUUCGAUCAGUUGACAGGCACUGGCCCCUAUGCAGGAAAACUCCAGGCUUUUACCACAGGUAUCCGAUUCAUCACCCGAUAUGGACAUCUCUUAUCGCAACGUGCUCCGACACGAUUCUGGGCAAGUGACUGCCAACGCGUCAUCGAGACGGCUCAACAUUUCGCCGCAGGGAUGUUUGGUCUGGAUUGGGAAAAGAGUAAAAGGGCAACUCUGGUGAUCAUCCCGGAGACGUUUGAUCAACGGGCGAAUACGCUUACGCCGGGCGACACGUGUCUGAAUUACCUUGAAGACGGAGAGAAAGGCCACGACAACGGCGUCAAUAUGCUUUCACGUUUCCAAGACGUUUACAUUCCGCCUAUCGCGAGACGGUUAAUCUCCGAGCAAGGGAACUCGGUAUUUGAGUCAUUCUCGAAUGCCGAGGUCUUCAGUAUGCAACAAAUGUGCGGCUUUGAGACUAUCGCGCGGGGCUCCAGUCCUUGGUGUGAUGUAUUUAGCAAUGAGGAAUGGGAGAGUUUCGAAUAUGCUCGCGAUCUAAUCCAUUAUUACCGCGCAGGCCCGGGAAACCCGUACGCGGGUGCAAUGGGUUGGCUUUGGUUGAAUGCUACAACUAAGCUGUUACAGCAAGGUCCUGCAGCUGGGACAUUGUUCUUUAGUUUUGUCCAUGAUGGUGACAUAGCGCCGUUUCUUACUGCUCUCGACAUUAUGAAAGACGAGAAAUAUGAUCCAUCUCUUCCUACUACCCAUAUAGCAAGAGACCGCACUUGGCGUACUUCGUCCGUGAUGCCGAUGGGAGGCCGGAUUGUCCUUGAGAGAAUGACUUGCUCGUCACCUUUCGUCGAUGGUGUCGAAAACCAGAAAGAAACAUUUAUUCGACUUAAUAUUAAUGAUAGAAUUGUCGCGUUGCCGUACUGCAAGUCCGGACCUGGCUUUUCUUGCCCCCUGCAGGAGUUUGUGGGUCAUGUAGAGAGGCGGAGAUCAGAGGUGGGAGAUUUUGGUGAUGUGUGUGGCUUGGAAGGCGACGCUGGGCAUAUAGUGUUUCUAUGGCAAGAUUGA